AUGAGUGUUGAUGCAUAUGGUCCAAGUUCCCAAACCCUCACAUUUUUGGACACAGAGGAAGCUGACUUAAUAGGAGCUGAUACCCAAGGAUCAGAGUGCGAUUUCACGGAUUUUACACUACCAUCUCAAACCCAAGCCUCCCAGCAUGAUCAUAACAACACACAAAUUUCAAAUCAGGUAAUAUUUGUUUAUGCACCUUUCUUGUGGUUAUUUUUAUUUCACAACCUUGUGGCUUUACAGGUCAAUGGACUUUCCAGCAAAAAUAAUGCAAUUGCAAACAAAAUAGCUUCAGCUACUGCUGCACUAGGAGAUUUACAGUUUGAAGAGGAUGAUGAAGAAUUUUACAAUAGCAAAGAGCUUCCUGAUUAUGCCUGUAAAUACUGUGGAAUUCAUGAGCCAAAUUGUGUGGUUAUGUGCAAUGCCUGCAAAAAGUGGUUCUGCAAUGGAAGAGGAAACACUUCUGGAAGUCACAUCAUUAAUCAUUUGGUUCGUGCAAAGCAUAAAGAAGUCACUUUACAUAAAGAUGGACCUCUUGGGGAAACAAUACUUGAAUGCUACAGUUGUGGAGUUCGUAAUGUCUUUGUCUUGGGUUUUAUUCCUGCAAAAGCAGAUUCUGUAGUAGUGUUACUAUGCAGACAGCCAUGUGCUGCACAAAAUUCAUUAAAGGACAUGAAUUGGGAACAGGAGCAGUGGAAACCUUUAAUAUCCGACCGUUGUUUUCUGACUUGGCUUGUAAAAAUACCCUCUGAACAAGAACAGCUGAGAGCUAGACAAAUAACUGCUCAACAAAUCAAUAAGUUGGAGGAGUUAUGGAAGGAGAAUGUGGAUGCGACAUUCCAAGACUUAGAGAAACCUGGAGUCGAUGAAGAGCCCCAACAGGUUUUACUUCGUUAUGAAGAUGGUUAUCAAUACCAGAAUAUAUUUGGUCCUUUGGUUAAAUUAGAGGCAGAUUACGACAAAAGAUUAAAGGAGUCCCAAACCCAGGAAAACAUCGAAGUUCGCUGGGACGUCGGUUUGAACAAGAAAACUAUUGCUUACUUUACUUUAGCAAAACAAGAUGGAGACAUGAAACUGAUGCAUGGCGACGAACUACGUCUGCGUUACGUGGGGGAGAUGCACAAGGCCUGGUCGGGAGUGGGACACGUUAUUAAAGUACCCGAUAACUAUGGUGAAGACAUCGGCAUAGAGCUGAAGAAUGGUAUCGGAGCCCCAACCGAUUGCCACAGCAAUUUUGUCGUUGAUUUUAUAUGGAAAAGCACCAGUUUUGACAGAAUGCAAUUAGCUCUCAGAAAAUUUGCAGUGGAUGACUCAUCUGUGUCUGCAUACAUCUACCAUCGGCUCCUGGGACACGAAGUGGAAGAAGUUCUUUUCCGUUGUCAUCUUCCCAAGCACUUUUCAGCCCCUAAUUUGCCUGACUUAAACCGUUCCCAGGUAUAUGCGGUCAAGCAUGCCCUCCAGAGACCUCUGUCACUCAUACAAGGACCACCUGGUACUGGUAAGACGGUGACUUCUGCCACAAUCGUUUACCAGCUCGUAAAACAAAACGGAGGGCCUGUACUGGUUUGUGCUCCAAGUAAUACUGCAGUUGACCAGCUGACGGAAAAAAUACACAGAACUAAUCUGAAGGUGGUUCGAUUAUGUGCAAAAUCUAGAGAGGCAAUUGAUUCCCCUGUAAGUUUCCUUGCUCUCCACAACCAAAUACGUAAGAUGGAAACAAACACAGAGUUACAAAAAUUACAACAAUUAAAAGACGAGACAGGAGAGCUCAGCUCAGUCGAUGAAAAACGUUACCGUAUGUUAAAGAAAUGUGCAGAAAAAGAACUUUUAGAGGCUGCAGACGUGAUUUGUUGCACUUGCGUGGGAGCAGGGGAUCCCCGACUGGUACGUUUGAAGUUCCAUUCGAUCCUUAUAGAUGAAAGCAUGCAAGCUACAGAGCCAGAGUGUAUGGUCCCCGUGGUAUUGGGUGUUAAGCAGCUUAUACUUGUCGGGGAUCAUUGUCAGUUGGGACCGGUUGUAAUGUGCAAAAAGGCUGCAAGAGCGGGGUUGUCCCAGAGCCUGUUUGAAAGAUUGGUAGUACUUGGUAUAAGACCAUUUAGACUUGAAGUCCAAUAUCGUAUGCACCCAGAACUGUCCCGAUUCCCGUCUAACUUCUUUUACGAGGGUAGUCUGCAAAACGGAGUAUGCGCAGAUGAAAGAAAACUUGCCAAGGUAGACUUCCCAUGGCCAGUUAUCGACCGCCCCAUGUUUUUCUAUGUCACUCAAGGACAAGAAGAAAUAGCUGGCUCUGGUACGAGCUACUUAAACAGGACCGAGGCUGCUAAUGUGGAAAAAAUCGCCACAAGGUUCUUGAAAUCGGGAAUAAAACCUGAACAGAUAGGGAUUAUAACACCGUACGAAGGUCAGAGGGCGUAUUUAGUGCAGUAUAUGCAGUACCAAGGUUCGCUUCACAACCGAUUGUACCAAGAGAUUGAAGUUGCGAGUGUGGACGCAUUCCAGGGUCGUGAAAAAGACAUUAUCAUAAUGUCUUGCGUUCGUUCAAACGAGCAUCAAGGCAUUGGGUUUCUGAACGACCCCAGGCGUCUUAACGUAGCCCUUACACGAGCCAAAUACGGAAUUAUCAUUGCGGGUAAUCCAAAGGUUUUAUCCAAACAGCCAUUAUGGAAUCAUCUGUUGGCCUUCUACAAGGAACAGAAAGUUCUAGUGGAGGGGCCACUUGCAAAUUUGAAAGAGUCUUUAAUCCAAUUUGCCAAACCCAAGAAGCUCAUCAAUUCUGAAAAUCCAGGUUCUCAUUUUAUGAGCACUUCUAUGUUUGACGCACGCGAAGCUAUGGUGCCAGGUUCGGUUUACGAUCGCACCAAUUCUUCUGUUAAUGGCGGAAAUCAGUUCAACUACCAAAGGGGCGCUGUACCAUUGGACAUGUUCAGUCGCACCCAUGAUCCUAUCAGUUAUAUCUCACCAGAAAGAGCCCAAGCGGCCUUGAGCAAUCUUCCCGUACCAGUGGGCAUGUUUAUGAAUAUGGCGCACAUCCCACCUCGUUUCUUCAACCAACAUCAGCAGGCAUUACAGGCUCGUCAGGCGCAAGCUCAAAACAGUCGAGCCCGCAAGGCUCCCGUACGUCAAAAGAACUACCGCGGCCUUAGUCAAGAACACACGCAGCCCUUCAGCCAAACUUUGCAAUUAACCCAAGGAAUGUCCCAGCCUGGGUUGUCCCAAGCAGGUUUUAGCCUUUCACAGCCGGGACUUUCGCAACCAGAAUUGAGUCAAGAUCCGUACAUGAACGAGUACCAGUCGCAAAUGGACGGCCUGUUGUCCCAGGAUUCGACCUACCAGGGAGACAGAUCGGCAUUCUACCAGCCAAACGCCCAAUUCUCGCAGCCCUACUGAUCGCAAGAACGUUUCGAGGGAAUCGCGGGAGCGACCACGCACGCAAAUAAAAAAAAACACUACUAAAUGAGGAAAAUUAGCAAGUGAAUCUGAUUAUGGAAUGUCAAAUUGUCAGUACAUGCAGCAUACAAUAACAACAAUACCACGAGGCGAGCAGUAAAACAACCAACGAGAGAACCAAACCAAUAUACCACUCUAAAAUAACAGAAAAACAACAGCGAUCAACAAUAAAAAUAGUAAUAAUUGACAGACGCGGGCAGACAAAACAAGAGUUACUAAGCUACAAUAAAAAAAGAAUGUAAAAAUAGUAGUAACGGUGUUUUAAGCACACUUGCGGAGUUGCAAGAAGUCGUGCACGCGCGUAAAAUAAGGCAAUAUACCCCCGCGCGCGCGAACUUCGCCACGCCACCGAUGAUCCACGCACGGCCUAUUUGUGGCCGGGGUGGCGAUUGUUCCACUAAAACAAAAAAAAGUACAUUUCUUUGCUAUAGCUGCGCUAACGUUAAGUGCUGUAUUUCUUAAUUUUCGUAUCCAUACAUACACACGCAAUAACGCAGGCAUAAUAAUUUACCCUAUUAUUAUUAUUUUCUUUUUUAAACAUACUUCUUAUAUUCUAUCUAAAAAUAAACAGCAUUGCAUAUUUA